AUGCCGUAUGCAAAUCAACCAUCUGUACAUAUCACAGAGCUAACCGAUGACAAUGUAAAGUUUGUGGUUGAAGAUACUGAGCUUAGUGUAGCAAAUAGUAUGCGACGCGUGUUUAUAGCAGAGACUCCAACCAUGGCUAUAGAUUGGGUACAGUUAGAAGCAAAUUCAACUGUCCUAAGUGAUGAAUUUUUAGCGCAUCGUAUUGGCUUAAUACCCCUCAUUUCAGAUGAUGUUGUGGAUAAAAUUCGAUAUUCCAGAGAUUGCAUGUGUGCUGAUUUUUGUACUGAAUGCAGUGUGGAGUUCACACUCGAUGUGAAAUGCACAGAUGAUCAAACCAGGCAUGUGACAACAGCGGACUUAAAAUCUAGUGACCCUAGAGUAGUACCAGUCACAUCCCGGCACAGAGACGAAGAUCAGACUGACUAUGGUGAGAUUGAUGAAAUUCUUAUUAUAAAAUUACGUAAAGGGCAAGAAUUGAAAUUGAGAGCAUAUGCUAAGAAAGGUUUUGGUAAGGAGCACGCUAAAUGGAAUCCAACAGCUGGUGUUUCAUUUGAAUAUGAUCCAGACAAUAUGAUGAGACACACUUUAUAUCCUAAGCCAGAUGAAUGGCCUAAAAGUGAGCAUACAGAACUUGAUGAAAACCAGUUUGAAGCGGAGUUUAACUGGGAAGCAAAACCUAAUAAAUUUUUCUAUAAUGUCGAGUCAUCAGGAGCUUUAAAACCAGAGAACAUUGUACUAAUGGGAGUUGUAGUAUUGAAGAAUAAGUUACUGAAUCUGCAAGUGCAAUUAGCACAAGAAGCACAUAAUGAUGCUUUAGCAAUAAACUAA